CGCAGCUCAGUCUGCCGCCUCGCCGCAUCCGAGCGCACUUUGACGGCGCCGCCGACACAGUCAGGGAUGGUUUACAUUGGGAAGGAGUCCAGGCUGAGCCCGAUAGGCGUUCCCUGAGACCGUCUGAAGUGAGCGCCGAAUUUCUUCCUACAGCAGCUUUUGUGAGAUGUUCUGCAUCUGCCAUGGCAAGAGAUCUGUUUCCAUGGGGGUUCUUCAGAAAGCCUCUGUACAUCCAGGCCAGAUUUUCCUACCUACAUAUGAAGUACCUGUUCUUCUCGUGGCUGGCAGUGUUCGUGGGGAGCUGGAUAGUUUAUGUGGAGUACUCGUCCUACACAGAACUGUGCCGCGGACACGACUGCAAAAACUCAAUAUGUGACAAGUACAGGAAAGGUGUCAUCGAUGGCUCGGCCUGCAGCAGCCUGUGUGAGAAAGACACGCUUUACCUGGGGAAGUGCUUCACUGCCAAGCCCAACAGCCAGGUGUACUCUGGGAGCUGGGGAGACCUGGAGGGAGUCAUUAAGUGCCAGAUGGAGGAGGCCCCUCAUUAUGAUUUGGGAAGUGAGAUGGAGCCCAGGAAGGAGGCUGCAGCCUUCAACAAGCCCACCAAGGGGACUUCUGUGGAAAAAUUCAGAGAGAUGAUCCUCAACCACCUAAAGGCUAAAGUGGGGGAUCAGGCCAACCUCGCAGACCUGGCAACACAAGUAUUGUCUAUAACAGAUGCUAAUAAGGACGGCCACAUCUCACUGCCCGAGUCUCGCUCCACCUGGGCUCUGCUGCAGCUCAAUGAGUUCCUGUUAGCGUUAGUCCUGCAGGACAGGGAGCACACGCCCAAGUUACUGGGCUUCUGUGGAGACCUGUAUGUGAUGGAGAAGGUGCCGUAUUCUCCACUGUAUGGGAUCAGUCUACCCUGGAUCAUCGAGGUGUGGAUUCCUGCCGGUCUGCGCCGCAGCAUGGACCAGUGGUUCACCCCCUCCUGGCCGCACAAGGCCAAGAUCUCCAUCGGACUGCUGGAGCUGGUGGAGGACGUUUUCCACGGCACUUUUGGCAGCUUCCUCAUGUGCGACGUGAGCGCCACCAGUUUCGGCUACAACGAUCGCCACGACCUGAAGGUGAUGGAUGCACGCUACAUUGUUCCUGAGGCCAUCUUCCAAGAAGGCAUAAGGCAGCAGCGAUGCGACGUGGACGAGGACUGUCUUUACGGGUCAGACUGCCUCACUUCCUGUGACCUCACCAAGCACCGCUGCACACCCGAGGUCACCAGGCCCAACUUAGCCAAAGCCUGCGAGGUACUGAAGGACUAUAUUCUGAGAGGUGCCCCGUCUGACGUGAGAGAGGAGCUUGAGAAGCAGCUGUAUGCUUGCAUCGCACUGAAAGGUUCAGCGGAGCAGAUGGAGAUUGAGCAUUCACUGAUUCUGAACAAUCUCAAGACUCUGCUAUGGAAGAAAAUCUCCCAUACUAAAGACUCCUAAUAGAGACAGAAAGACCGAUUCCUGUCAGUUUUUACAUACUGGACGUCUUUUCACUGUGGAAACAAAUGCGCCAUUCUCACUGUAUUCAACUUCACAUGUAUAACUGAUGUAUUUUAUCCUGAAGCAGUUGUCAAGGAAUGUCACUUUCAUAUUAAAAAAAAUGUAAUCAGUAACCUUCGUUCAUAUACUGGAGCAAAAUGAGCAAUUUUUUUGAAACCGUGACAAAUCAAUAAAUUUAAGAACCGUCUGCUCAACCCUCAGCAGAGCACU